UGGACUUAUGAAAACAUUUUGAAAUAAAAAAGGUUGAAGAAACAAGACAACUGUUAUACAAAGUGUACUGCUGAAAGUAAAGUUUUCCAACAACAAAAUCAGCAAGUUGCUACUGAGGAAGAUAAGACUGUCCUGGGACUAAGACCAGUGUAAAAAGCUUCCAUUGAGAUGGCGGCUGCUGCUAGCGGACGCUUUGACCCGGUUAUGUUCACCUGUCACCCGCCAAUCCUGGCACAGUAGAUUUACGUCUGCAAAUUCAGAAAUACGUCAGGAAAAAUGCGAUAUUUACAAAAGCUUGCUGUGAGGUGAGACUGACGGGUCGCAGAGGUUGAACUGCGAUCAGUGUGUGAUUCUGGCAACGUGGAAAAACCGACACAGUAGCAGAGGAAGAAGGCAACUAGUGGCAAAAAGAAGGCAUUCCGAGGCAACCGAAAACUUCAGUACCCAAAGGUACAUGGUAUCGGCUGUGACGGGAGCCGCGGAGGGGCGGCGUUAGGAUGGGCAUGAAACCCACAGAAUGACUAAAAACACUAUCUACUUAUGGUAUCAUGAUGGCAUAAGUAACUUUUGUAGUUGACAGUUACCUUGGAUCAGCAGUGAUGACGUGAUUAAGGCGGAUCUUGGUUUCUGCUUUAAAGGAACCGGGUUUGGUUCUCUCUGCAGCAAGCAGAAGUCCAAGCAGUGGAUACGACAAAGUACUAUGGAAAUCGUAUACGCACUGUUGACGUGGAUUAUAAGCCAAGCCCUGGCACUACCAGUCAAUUACUCUCAAAUCUCUAUGAAGACAGAACAGUUAUUUCGUCAUUUAAAUCAUUACGAAAUGGUUAUCCCAAAACUUGUGGACCACAAAGGAAACUUAAUCAGUUUUGAUGUGACAAGCAAAGGAAUUAGAACUAGGAAAAAACGAAGUGCUUUACACACUAUUCCCAGCAAUCAAAGUGCUUUCUCCAGUGCCAGUACUCACUCUGAUGAAUGUAUUUACUACAAAUUGACUGCAUAUGGAUCAGAGUUUCAUUUCAACUUAACUUUGAACAGAAAGUUAGUGUCAGGAGACUAUACAGUGGAAUAUUGGAAUAGACAGGGGGUGGAAAGGCGGGACCGGCACACUGAAGACUGUCACUUCCAUGGCUCUGUUCUGAACUCCAUACAGUCAAGAGUUGUGCUUAGUAACUGCAAUGGCCUGCAUGGAUUAUUUUCUACGCAAGAUGAACAUUAUUAUGUGGAGCCAUUGUGGAAUCAUACUAAUUCAAUAGAAACACAGGGACAUCCUCAUAUUGUUUAUCAACAAUCAGCAUUAAAACAUAAACCUGGUCAUAGUUCCUCAAGUAGUCAUUGUGGAGUCAAAGAUCAUCAGGAUUCUCAUCUGCAUUCUCAUGAAUCUCAUUCCAAUCACAUACACAAUGCCAUCACACCCCUCUGGGCCCAAGGCCUGCAGCUCAAGCCUCAUCACUAUGGAUACCACAAUAAAGACAACUGGAAAUCACGCAGGCGGCGAUCUGUCAGCAGAGAGCGACAUGUAGAAACUUUGGUGGUUGUUGAUAAAAUGAUGGUUGGAUUCCAUGGGCAGCAAGAGAUUGAGCCAUAUGUUUUAACCAUAAUGAAUAUUGUUGCCAAACUUUACCAUGAUGCUUCUGUAGGGAAUGCAAUCAAUGUCAUUGUCACCAGACUGGUCCUGCUUAGUGAAGAUCAGCCCAAUCUUGAGAUCAACCACCAUGCAGACAAAUCUUUGGACAGUUUCUGUAAAUGGCAAAAGGCCAUUAAUCCAAAGUCUCAUGAGCAGGGGAUAGCACAUCAUGAUAAUGCUGUACUCAUUACAAGAUUUGACAUCUGUACAUAUAAAAACCAGCCCUGUGGUACGUUAGGAUUAGCCCCUGUUGCUGGCAUGUGUGAACUGGACAGAAGUUGCAGUAUUAAUGAAGACAUAGGACUUGCAUCUGCUUUUACAAUAGCCCAUGAAAUGGGACACAAUUUUGGUAUGCAACAUGAUGGUGCUGGUAACCCGUGUGGCACAAAGGGGCAUGAACCAGCCAAGAUUAUGGCUGCACAACUUACACGAGAGGUGGACCCUUUCUCCUGGUCAAGCUGUAGCAGAAAAUAUAUCACAGGAUUCCUUGAUUCAGGUCGAGGAGCAUGCCUGGAAAAUGUACCAAAGGAACGUGAUUUUGUGUUUCCAACAGAGCUCCCAGGUCAGAAAGUAGAUGCAGAUGAGCAGUGCAAACUACAGUAUGGACCUAAGUCUAGACAGUGCAAAGUCGGGGAAGUGUGUAGAGAACUAUGGUGCACCAACCAGAAUGAGCGCUGUGUCACGAAUAGCAUACCAGCUGUGGAGGGUACUGCCUGUGUCACGUGGCGGGUAAAGAAAGGGUGGUGUUACCAGGGGCGGUGUGUGGUUCAGGGCUCUAUGCCAGAGGCUGUAUCUGGGGGCUGGGGGACUUGGUCAGAGUGGGGGUCCUGUUCACGUACAUGUGGAGGAGGAGUAGAGUCUAGUAACAGACACUGUGAUAACCCAAGUCCUACUCAUGGUGGCAAAUACUGCAUUGGGGAGAGAACAAGGUAUAGAUCGUGCAAUAUUCAUGAUUGUCCUAUCAACUCCACUGUAUUCCGGGCUGUUCAGUGUACUAGUUUUAAUGAUGUACCUUUUCGAGGGGAAAAAUAUAAAUGGAAACCUUAUACUGGAGGUCUCUCAUCACUUGCCUUGUGGAAAAUGGUGAAAUUUGCAACACGGAGCAUUGGUGCAACUAAGUGCCAGGAAAUGAGUUUUAUUAUAGGUCAUGUGAACCCAUGUGCUUUAAAUUGCCUGGCUGAUGGACAUAACUUCUAUACAGAAAGAGCACCCAAAGUUAUUGAUGGUACCAGAUGUUACCCUGACUCCCUCAACAUGUGUAUCAAUGGAGAGUGCAGGCAUGUUGGCUGUGAUCACAUCUUGGGCUCUGGGGCAAUAGAAGACAAAUGUCGAGUUUGUGGAGGUGAUGGAACUACAUGCAAAACCAUUUCAAGUCUCUUUGAUAAACCACUACAAAAAGGAAGUUACCAAGAAGUUGUCACAAUUCCAAAAGGUGCAGUCCACAUUAAUGUAACAGAAGACACCCUGUCAAGAAAUUACCUAGCUUUGAGAUCAGAGGUCAAUGACACAUAUUACAUCAAUGGAGCCUGGACCAUAGAUUGGCCACGGAAGUUUGAGGUGGCUGGCACAGUGUUUCACUAUGAAAGGGCACCUGAUGCACCAGAGACACUGUGGGCACUGGGACCAAUACAGGAACCACUUGUCAUCAUGGUCUUACUCCAAGAAUCCAAUCAAGGCAUCCAUUAUGAGUACAAUGUUCCAGUCAAACCAAGUAAUGUAUCAGAGGCUGAGUUUGUAUGGGAGUACUCACCGUGGUCAGAAUGCUCAGUGUCCUGUGCCAAAGGUGUGAGUAAAUCUAAGGCAGUUUGCCUCAGGAAAGGAGAUAAGACAAAGGUUGACAACAGAUUCUGUCCAAGAUAUCUGAAACCCAAUGACAAACUAAAGUAUUGCAAUGAAGCACCAUGUAAACCAGGCUGGGUCAUUGGUGACUGGUCAGACUGCAGCCGCACUUGUGGUGGUGGUCAGAAAACUCGGGUUGUCCAGUGUAUGCAGAAGGUUGAUCAAAUAGAAGAAAAAAAUCUUGAGGAUUCCUGGUGCACCAAGCGGCGUCCCAUUGCACAGAUGAGCUGCAAUGAAGACAAGUGUCCACCUGUCUGGGUGGCUGAUGAGUGGUCAGAGUGCACUCCCAAAUGUGGCCCUGGUAUCAGAACACGCAAAGUAUAUUGCACCAGCAGUGAUGGUAGAACAAGGCUGAAUGUGACAAGUUGUGACAGGGCACAAAGACCACCAUUCAGGAUGAGGUGCAAUCUGGGAAGAUGUCCUCCUCCAAGCUGGGUAACAGGCGAAUGGGGAGAGUGUUCUGCUGAGUGUGGCAAAGGACAACAAAGGCGCACUGUGGUAUGCAAGACAUAUACAGGGCGUUCCAGUGAUAAGUGCCAUUUCAGAGAUAAACCACAUGAUAUACAGGAAUGUGAAACACCCUGUAAUGUGGCUCCACCAACAGGAGAAGAGUGCAAGGAUGUGAAGAAGGUUGCCUACUGCCCUCUGGUACUCAAAUUUAGAUUCUGUGACAGGGCAUACUUCAGACAAAUGUGCUGCAAGACAUGUUCACAGGCUGGUUUAUAACCCGUAUCUCCCACAUGGAGCCCAAGACAUGACCAUCAUGCUUCAAGGCUGGUUUCUAACCCUUGACCAGAAAACCAAGACAAGCCUGACUUCCUGCAGGACAGGAGCUGCUCCACACAACCACAUCAACUCAGCUCUCUGUUCUGCAAGAAAACCUCAAAAUGACUGAGGUAUGUUUUUUUGGGCAUCAGUGAAACAGCUGACAAGCAUCAUUCACCAGGAAAGGACAAUAGCUUCUUAGCUAUUAAAAUUAAUAUUCAGUCUUUUCUUACAAAUGGAAAAUGUCUUCAAUUUUAUUUCAGUCUGAUGCAAAUCAUUUUCAAAAUGCAUUAUGUGCUAAUGACAUUUGAUCGGGAGCAUCACCAAAAUAAGAAAAUGAUAGUAUUUAAGCUCAGUGAACAACCAUUUUGCACAACUGUAACCAUGCAGGAUUGUCAUAAAAUCUUGUUCUGAUAUUGUAACCAAAUUGUCACUAAGACGGCUAGAUAAAUCUUUGGUGUGACACUACCAGUGUUGAAUGUGGGGUCAGGGAGUGUGAGAGGGGGGUGGGAGAUAGCAGAGGCAAUCAUUUCAUGGCUAUAAGUAAGUCAGAUUCAAAAGGAAAAGUCCUCUUAGGGGGGCACCCCUUUGAAAACACCUCUGGAUCUGAACUGGAUAGAUUUUUGAAGUAGCAGAACUCAAUGCAAACAGCCAGUCACUGCCGAAAACUGUGCUACCUCAGACAAACUUACAAAGCAUUUAGUUCCAAGGCUGAAGAAGACCUCAGUGAUACAUAUUAAGGUUAGCCAUGGAAAAAGAAUUAAGUUUUUAUUAUAAAUACUUAUCAUAAGCAAGGUAGCAGACUGAUGGUUGUUUUACAAAUUGGAAAUGGAGGUUAAACAUAAAUGAAACUUAUUAACUUUGAGAAACUUGUUUGAAAUCAAAAUUAUACCUUCAAUGGACCAAUGAUUAUUUAGUUUUUAAAGCAGUAUUAUGAACUGUGAUGUUAGGUUGGAAUAAAGAUGUAGAGACCAUUCAUGAAAUUUAGUGUUUUAAUGUGUUGAGUAUCUACUAAAACAUUUGCAUUACUCUGCUUGUUUAUUACCAUAUGGAUGAUCAAGUAUCAUUGUGAAAUUGUAUUAACUUGAUAAUUAUAGUUGUUAUAUUGAACCAGUUAUUUGGUUACUUAUACCAAGAUUGCAUUUAUACUGUUUAAUUGAAUUCUGUGUGUUUUGUAUCAAUGUAUUUUUCUCAAUAUAAUUGAGAGAAGCAGUUGCAUUUUUUAACUUAUAAAUGUAAAGACAAAAUCCACUUUUUUGUCUUUUGUAGAAAUACUGUAUAUUCUGUCAAUGUACACUGUAGUAAGAAAGUGAUACUCCUGUGUUUUGUCACAUUCAGUUGCUUUUAUUUCACUUUAUACACUUUUCAUAAAACUCCAAUAUUAACAAGCCAUUGCUGAAUUCUUGUUCAUGACAUUAUCCCUAAAUUACUCCAACUGUACGUAUUUAUAUUUUUGUUUGAAGCAUAUCCUUUAACAGUUUAGGUCUUGGAAGAGGGUGUACUGCUUUGGUUUGAUAUGUAGGGUUUUUUAGAAUAAAAUGUUUUUAAUAUGUAAUGACAUAUCAUUUGAUAAGCAAGAGAACAUAAAUCAUCUAACAGAUACUGGUUAAGUAGGACUGUGUGCAGAAGAGAUUGUGAAAAAA